AUGACCAACGCCAAGUGCGUGCAGUUUUGUUACGGAAAGGGCUUUCCGUAUGCGGGAACUGAGUAUAAUACCGAGUGCUACUGCGGCGACACACUGGCGACAGGCGGCGUCAAGGUCGCGGAAAGUGACUGCAGCACACCAUGUGGCGGAGACGCGACGCAGCCCUGCGGCGGACCAAGCCGUCUCACCCUGUAUUUCACUACCGCCAUCCAAGGGCCGGUGGUGAACCCUGGGGUUGAUGGAUGGGCUUCGAUCGGCUGCUAUUCUGAGGGCACGACAGGCCGUACACUCACGCAGGGAAUUGGAACCAUCCCCAAUGCCCAGAUGACGGUAGCCAAGUGCACGGCAGCUUGCAAGGCUGCCUCUUACACUUUUGCGGGCGUUGAAUAUGCUGGCGAGUGCUACUGCGGCAACAAAAUCUCCAAUGGAGGUCAGCCCGCAGCCAGCGGCUGCAACAUGCCCUGCAAUGGCAACAGCUCGGAGUACUGCGGCGGUCCGGGCCGCUUGAACGUCUAUCAGAUCCCCACGAGCACCCCUACGGGCGGUACCGGGACAGCCACGCCGACGCCAACUCCGUCCAACUGUCCCGGCCAGCCGGCGACGGUUGGCAGUUGGACAUCGUACGGCUGCUACACGGAGGCUACUAAUAUGCGGGCUCUCUCAGCCAAGACCACGGCGAGCGACGACAUGACGCUUGAGACGUGCGCCACCUUCUGCGCCGGCUACUCGUAUUUCGGCGUGGAGUACUCCCGUGAAUGCUACUGCGGCAACAAACUCAAUGCGGGUGCCACGCAGCGCCCGGGCUCAGAGUGCAGCAUGAUCUGCUCGGGUUCCAGCUGCGAGUACUGUGGGGCAGGCAACCGCUUGUCCGUCUACACCCUGGGGGGUGGUGUCGAUCCCAGCAACACGACUCCUGGUGUUCCUUCUUCCACCGCGACAGGGGGUCCCCAGCCGACUGGCCUCCCGGAGGGUUGGCAGUCAUAUGGCUGCUGGGUUGACGGGGUCAACGGCCGUAUUCUUAACUACCAGGCCCCCGAUAACCCAGACCUGACUGUCCCGUCCUGCGCAAAGACUUGUGCUGACCAGGGCUACACCAUCGCGGGUGCGGAGUAUCACACGCAGUGCUUCUGCGGCAAGCAGAUCGUCAACGGCGGCGUCAAGGCUACCUCUGAUACCGAGUGCAACACUCCCUGUGGCGGUGACAGCACGCAGAACUGCGGCGGACCAGGCAGGAUGAGCAUCAUUUCGAAGGGCCCGCCCCAGGUCCUUCAACCUCCGGCUCCUAUCCCCAACGUCGGUAGCUGGACGUACAAGGGCUGCUAUGAGGACAAUGUCAACCAAAAGCGCACCUUCUUCUGGCAAAACUUCUUCCAGGACAACAUGACACCCCAGGCCUGCCUCGACCUCUGUGGCAACUUUGGAUACAUGGCUGCGGGCAUGGAGUACGGCAAGGAGUGCUACUGCGGUGACCCGGCUAACAUCCAGACCGCCGGUGCCGCCAAGGUUGAUGAGAAGGAGUGCGGCGUGCCCUGCUCUGGCAACGCAUCGGCUAUCUGCGGUGGCGGAAGCCGUCUCACUACCUACUUCUGGGAGGGCGACCCAUUUUACCAGUGGUCGUUCCCGGAGAAGGGCACAGCGGAAGCCGGGUCGUACGACUUCCUCAUCGGCGGCGUCUGCAUCCCCCUCAUGACAUCGCAAGCCGUCAACGGAAAGGUUACCUUCCUGGAGAAAUGGGGUACUGGCCCGCCAAACUCGACCGGCGCCUACGAGCUAGACCUCUCGCUGCUCAACGAUUUCACCGCCGCCUGGCGUCCCAUGCAUGUCAAGACGGACAUCUUUUGCGCGGGCGGCGUGACCCUGCCCGACAAGGCUGGCCGGCAGCUCACCGUCGGCGGGUGGUCAGGCGAUUCGACUUAUGGUGUCCGGCUGUACACUCCAGAUGGCUCUCCUGGUGUCCCAGGCAAAAACGACUGGCAGGAGAACGUCAACGUGCUCAAGCUCCAAGAUGGUCGAUGGUAUCCGUCCACGAUGAACAUGGCCAACGGCUCCAUUCUUGUUAUUGGCGGCGAGGAAGGCUCCAACGGCGCUCCCGUGCCCACGCUGGAAAUCCUGCCUUCGACCGGCACGAAGCCAUUGUACAUGGACUGGCUCCAGAGGACCGACCCGAACAACCUGUACCCCUUUGUCUGUGUUCUCCCAUCAGGCGGCAUCUUCGUUGCUUACUGGAACGAGGCUCGCAUCCUGGACGAGAACACCUUUGCAACGAUCAAGACAUUGCCGAACAUUCCUGGCGCCGUCAAUGACCCCAAGGGCGGUCGCACGUACCCUCUUGAGGGCACUGCCGUCUUGUUACCCCAGCAUGCUCCGUACAGUGACCCUCUUGGAGUUCUAAUCUGCGGUGGCUCGACAGAAGGCCCGGCUAACGCACUCGACAACUGCGUCAGCAUUUACCCGGAUUCCGCGAACCCCAAGUGGACAUUGGAGCGUAUGCCCUCACAACGUGUCAUGUCAUGCAUAGCACCUCUACCCGAUGGCACCUACAUCAUCCUCAAUGGUGCCCAGCAUGGUGUCGCGGGCUUUGGCCUUGGCUCCAACCCCAACCUCAACGCCCUGCACUACGACCCGACAAAACCCAUCGGGCAACGCAUCACCAUCAUGGCCAACACCACGGUGGCUCGCCUCUACCACUCCGAGGCCAUCACCCUCCUCGACGGCCGCGUUCUGGUGUCUGGCUCCGACCCCCAGGAUGGCGUGAACCCUCAGGAAUACCGAGUCGAGACGUUUACGCCCCCUUACUUGCUCAGGAACAAGCCUCGCCCGACUUUCAAGGUGUCCAACACUGACUGGUCGUACGGCCAGAAGGUGACGUUCACGUUGGGUGCCGCUGCUCGCAACGGCGCCAUCACUGCAUCGUUGCUCGGCUCCGUCUCGAGCACUCACGGAAACUCGAUGGGUGCGCGAACGCUCUUCCCGGAUAUGUCGUGUACCGGUACGGCCUGCACGGUGACGGCACCACCGGGCAAGUACAUUGCUCCUCCCGGCUGGUACCAAUUCUUCGUCCUGGACGGAGGCAUUCCUGCCGUCGGCGUCUUUGUCCGAAUCGGUGGUGACCCAGCACAAGUAGGCAACUGGCCCAAGGGUGACGGCUUCACCACUCCAGGCGUCUGA